AUGACAAGGAUGUUUGUUGCUACUACUACUAUUAUCACGAUGAGCAUGUUCAUAAUUGUAGUAAACUCGAAUCCAUCGCCAAUAUUCAUUAGUCCUCCAAAGACAAACAAUAAAGUCGAAGAAACACCGGGUGCAUUCGAAGGUGAUAUAAUUCUUCCGCCACAAUCCCUACUGCGUGGAUUGACAAGAAUUGGCUCUAGUGUACAGUGGCCAGAUGGAAUUGUUCCCUACGAGAUCAUGCCAGGAUAUCAGGCGGAACAAGAGGCGAUCAUUAUUGGUGCAAUGAGAAAAAUAGAAAGUUUGACAGCUAUCAAUAAUGUACGUUGUAUACAAUUUCGACCACGAGACGUAUCAGAUCUUUAUUACACAAUAAUUCAGGAUGGAACAGGCUAUUCUUCACCUGUCGGGCGACAAACAAAUGCAGGGGUGUUCAUCAAUGGAACUGUCACAUUACAAUAUCCGGGUUGCAUCGAUGUAGGGCGCAUUAUGCACGAACUGUUUCACACACUAGGUACAUGA